AAAUUUUUUAAAUGUAUUUAAAAAUUGUCAUACUGUUUUUUUGCGUGGAAUUAUACCUCUUACAAUGUCACUGUUUGGACCCUACUGUAGAACGGUUUGUAACUAUUAAAAACAUAGUCGAUAAUUAUGCAAAUCCAGAUGGCAUGGUCGUUGAAGAUGGCAGAGAUCUGAUCAUAAACUUAAAUGGAGUCAAAGAUGUCAUUGUAACAGCAGCACAGCAAUUCGGAGUACAUAUAGAUACUCCCAGUCUUGAAGAACUGCAACAGAUAGGAACAAGGUAUAGAUACACAUUGCAGGAAGUUGAAAGAUACGCCGCAAAGUACUUAGAUGUUGCGCAAUUAACCCCGACUAUGGCGACAUGGGUAAGUAGGUGCUUCAGAACGUUCGACCAAAAUGGCAUAUUCUUUGAUGAAUUAAAAGAUAUACUUACACUAUUCAGAACGGAAUUUCCGUGUUCUACUGACGAAUACCCAUAUGCUAGUGAACCGAAAACGUCAAUACCGUACAAAACGGCAAGAUCAGAAUACGAGUUCACUAAGAAGGAAGCCACAUUCAUCGCUAUUGAUUAUUUCUUUCCUGGAUCUUUUUGAUUAUAAUUAUAAUUUUUUCAAUUAUAA